GCGCAGCUUGUCGUUGCUGCCGUCGGUGUCCUACCAGCAUCUGUUCCUCUUUUUUGGAGCAGACUUAUAUUUCGGCUAUAUCAGGCUCCUAUCGGGAAUAAUUUGUGCGCUACUUUCAUUUUACUCACCGCAACGUUACCGCGAGAGCGUAAAUGCGCAUCGCUCUGCGCAUCUUUGAAUCUUCAGAACUACACUGUGGACAAUCUCCCUGACAUCCAAAGACCUCUCCUCCGCAAUCCGACGAGGCUUCUUCACCGCCUAUGGCCGCACAUCGGCAUCCCUGAGCCGCUGGCCUCGUCCCCGGACCUUUCACCCAUCUCUGUCCUCAAAAGCUCUCACAAUCAGGAAGACAUCUACACACAAUUUUGUGUCAUCAUCCUCGGCGUAGUAUUUUUAAAGAACCCGGUGCUAUGCUGGGCCCAUCUCUCUAGAUCUUGUGAUUAAAACACGAUCUCUCCUCCCACAUUCGUCCGACCGAGACCCUGGUACUCUCGUCGAGCCCCGACAAUGCAUCCUAACGCAGUGAUGCUGGCGGUGGUCCUCCUAGGGAACUUGAUGCUGCCUUUCGUCUCGGCGCAAAACGCUGGGUUUGUGAAGUCGCCAAUGUCUGAGACAAAGCUCACGGGGGACACCUUUGAGCUGUACUGCGACGUGGUCGGUAACCCCACCCCAGAGAUCCAGUGGUGGUAUGCUGAGAUCAACCGAGCUGACUCCUUCAAGCAGCUGUGGGACGGAGCCCGCAAGCGCCGGGUAUCAAUCAACACCGCCUACGGCACCAAUGGGGUCAGUGUGCUCGGCAUCACGCGCCUCACACUGGAGGACUCUGGGACCUAUGAGUGUCGGGCCAGCAACGACCCAAGGCGCAAUGACCUCCGACAAAACCCUGCCAUCACCUGGAUCCGCGCCCAGGCGACCAUUUCGGUGCUACAGAAACCAAAGAUCAAUGCCUCUGAUCAGAUCAUCCUGUCAGCGGACAGCUCUAGCAAGCCAGUCAUCCUGCAGUGUAACCUCACCACUGCUCACACUCCGCACAAGGAAAGCUUCUGGAUGAAGAACGGACAGGAGAUCCCCAACACACGGACAGAGCUGAGGCACACGAUAUACAGAAUCACUAAACCACGGGCAGAUGACUCUGGGGAAUACAUGUGUGUUUACACGUUUACCAUGGCACCAAAUGCAAAUGCAACAAUUGAAGUAAAAGCAAAACCUGAUGUCACUGGCCACAAGCGGAGUGAAAAUAAAAACGAAGGAGAAGAUGCAAUGAUGUACUGCAAGUCUGGGUACCCACAUCCCACCUGGACAUGGCGUAAAGCAGACGGCACAUCCUAUACGGAAAUUGACAACUCCACUGGACGCUUUUUCAUCACCAACAGAGACAACUACACAGAGCUCAACAUAAUAAACCUGGAUAUAAAAACAGACCCUGGAGUAUACCAAUGUAAUGCUAGUAACGUGAUUGGAAACACUGCUGAGACCACUAUACUACGAGUGCGCAGCAACCUUGCACCACUUUGGCCUUUCCUGGGUGUGCUUGCAGAAAUAUUAAUCCUAGUAGUCAUCAUCGUUGUGUACGAGAAACGCAAGAAGCCAGACGACUUCAUCGAUGAUGAUGAACCAUUGGACCAAUGAAAACAAAUUCAACAAACAACCACAAGGACAAAAACAUUCGCCAGAGGAAUACAAAAUAAGCAAUUUACUCAAACGAGAUGGCUAAACUGCGUUUUGGACUACAAGAAGGUGUCAGAGGUGGAUGGAGCUCCAGGCAGUUUUGAAAAAAGCAUAUCUUGUCUCAUUUUAUGAGAAACAAUAUCAGCAUAACACUGGCAACAAAAAGAACAUAACGGCUGUCUUAAGCAUGCCUUAUUCAGUCUUAAUGUGGAGAUUUCAGGAUGACGAAUAAUGACUAAAACCACCACAAAGGUGUACACAUUUUAAUGUGCUGUUUGUGUCUCCUUUAUUGAUUUCAUCAUAUCCUCAGAUGAGGUGAUACCUUUUGUAGUACAUAUCAUGUACAAUGCAUGCAAGAUGAUAACGCAAUAGGAUACUCAGAAUAGACAUUUUCUGUUGUUAUCCCUCGUGUGGCUUUUUUUGCAUCUGAAAUGACCUAUGUUUUUUAUGGAGUCAUCCCUAUUUAAUAUAUAUGUAUAUUUAUAUAUACAUAUAUAUGUAUAGUUAGUUUUAUUCUUGAAAAUUUGUACAGCAUAUCAUGGUCAGUUAACUCUGUUUGAUUUUGUGAAGCCCACUUUUAACAGAACUUUAUUGUGAAGCAAGGGCUUCAAUGACUGGCAGUAUUUAAAUUUAAUUGAGAGUGAUUACAGAAAAUGACUACUGUGUGUUUAACUAUCUAAACAAAAAUGAUAUGUGUAUUAUUUUUCUUUUCUUUCCAGAGUAACUUAGGUGUCUUGUAUAUGUUUAAGUAUGAGUGUUCAAAUGAUAGGAAAUCUGUAAAAAGAUAUUUUUUUAUAUUUCCCUAUUUCAUUUAUUGAUUUUUAUUUUUAUUGUUUCUCUCUCUAACUGUAUAGCAUGGCUAUAAUCCUAUGCAAUAUGUAUUCUUAAAUAGAUAUAAGGAGGGCAGUUUGUUUUACUCAGUGAAGCUUUAAUAUUGUGGGAAUCACUUGGAGGCGGGCAUAGCAAAAUUCACUGCUGUAGCUGCAUGACUCCUGUUUCAAUACAAUGUAUCCAUGUGUGUUGAGGUGGAAAUGGACCUGCAUCAAGGUUGGAACAGAGGGACCAGAGUAUAUAGCCACGAUCAAACAUAUGAGUGAGACCAAUAUUUUUUUCUGAAUAAAAAGUUUGAAAUUC